UAUUCUAAACUUUCUACCUACUCUCAGAGUAUCUCUCAGCACACUCCCCGCUGCCAAGCAAGCCUCUCGGCUCUCACCACCACUCUGACUGAUCAGAUGGACAGCAGCUCUGGAGAAGAAUCAGAUUUUAGUGAUUCUGAGAUCAAUGAGUACAUGGAAAAGCCAUACGAGGAGCUAAGGUCUGGGAAGUACAAAGUAAAGGCCUUAAAUGGUAGCUUAAGAUGCCCUUUUUGUGCUGGGAAGAAGAAACAAGACUACAAGUUCAAGGACCUGCUUCAACAUGCUUCUGGUGUGAGCAAAGGAUCUGCCAACAGAAGUGCAAAACAGAAGGCAAACCACCUGGCCUUGGCAAAGUAUUUGGAAGUUGACCUAGCUGGUGAAGCUGAUGAGACUUCACUUCCAACUGUACAACAAGUUUUGAACCAGACUCCAGAGCAAACUGAAGUUUAUGUCUGCCCUUGGAUGGGAAUCAUCAUGAACAUAGUUGCAGACUUGAAGACUAUAGAUGCCUAUCAUGAUAAAGGCUACUGGCUGAGGAGGUUUGUUAAAUACAAACCUUUAGAUGUUCAAUGUUUCUGGAAUGAGGUUGACCUGACUGGACAAGCCAUACUAAUGUUCAAUAGUGAUUGGACUGGCUAUGUGAAUGCAACUGAAUUUGAGAAGGCUUUUGAAUCUGAGCGGCACAGUAAGAAGCAUUGGAAUGGCCAACAAGGACAGCUUGGUUCUAAUAUCUAUGGUUGGUGUGCACGUGCUGAUGACUACAAUUCUGAUGGGCCAAUAGGUGAUUAUCUUCGUAAGGUAGGGAAAUUACGAACCAUUUCUGACAUUGUCCAAGAAACCGCUCAAGAUAGGAAUAGUGUUGUGGUCAAGUUGACAACAAGAAUUGAUUUGACAAAUGAAAAUCUAGACGAAUUACAGUACAAAUACAACGAGACAACUAUGUCCUUAAGCAGAAUGCUUGAAGAGAAAGACAGGCUGCACCUUGCCUUUAUUGAAGAGACAAGGAAGAUGCAGCGGCUUGCUCGCGACAAUGUUCGAAGGAUCUUGGAAGAACAGGAAAAGCUGAAUUCUGAACUGGAAACAAAGAAAAGGAAAAUUGACAAUUGGACCAGAGAACUGAACAAGCGUGAGACACUAACCGAGCGUGAAAAGCAAAAGCUCGAUGAAGAGAAGAAAAAGAAUAAUGAAAGAAACGAUUCACUUCAGCUUGCUUCCAUGGAGCAGAAAAAGGCUGAUGAAAAUGUAUUAAGGCUGGUUGAAGAGCAGAAGAGGGAGAAAGAAGAGGCCCUGAAAAAGAUACUUCAGUUGGAAAAACAGCUAGAUGUGAAGCAGAAGUUGGAAAUGGAAAUUGAAGACUUGAGAGGCAAGCUGCAAGUGAUGAAGCAUCUUGGACAAGAUGAUGCAGCUGUACAAGAGAAGAUGAAAGAGAUGGAGAAUGAGUUGCGAGAUAAGGAAGAUGAUAUGAAAGAUUUGGAAUCGACGAACCAAGUUCUUAUAACGAAAGAGCGUCAAAGUAAUGAUGAGCUACAGGAUGCAAGGAAAGUGCUAAUUCAGAGUAUGCACGAGCUGUUGAGUGCUCGUACAAACAUAGGAUUGAAGAGAAUGGGCGAGCUUGACCUGAAGCCGUUCCAUGAUGCCUGCAAGUCUCGAUUCCCUCCGGAUGAAGCAGAAAUUCAGGCCACUACUCUAUGCUCGUCGUGGCAAGAGAAUCUAAAGAAUUCAGAGUGGCAUCCAUUCAAAAUUAUAACAGAGGGAGGGAAUCAUAAGGAAAUCCUAAACGAAGAAGACGAGAAACUAAAAGAUCUAAAGCAGGAUUGGAGUGAAGAGGUUUACAUGGCAGUGGUGACAGCUUUGAAAGAACUAAAUGAGUAUAAUCCUAGUGGGAGAUAUAUAGUCUCCGAGCUCUGGAACUUCAAGGAAAACAGGAAAGCCACCCUUAAGGAAGUCAUUGCCUAUAUUGUUAAGAAUAUCAAAACAGCAGCUGCUAAGCGCAAGCGAACUUGAGGCAAAGGACAGAAAGAAAGGUGAUGAGUUUGGGAAUCUAACCAAAUCUACUGGGACAAUAUGCAUAUGGAGCUGCUCGGUAGCACUUGGUUUGUAAAUAGUUUCAGCUGCUUGAUUAAUCCUUUAAUUUCAGAGGUUGUCGUUUUUUAGUUGGACGUAUAAACAGUCUAGAUCUGUGGCACUGGUUUACUACCUUAAACGUGUUUGGAUUGCUAUAAAAGAGCCAGCUAAUUCUGGUCUUAUUUCAUU